UGUUCAUUUCCACCUGAUCAAAACACUCAGCGUGUAUUUCAAUGUUGUGUUCAUUUCCACCUGAUCAAAACACUCAGCGUGUAUUUCAAUGUUGUGAUCAUUUCCACCUGAUCAAAACACUCAGCGUGUAUUUCAAUGUUGUGAUCAUUUCCACCUGAUCAAAACACUCAGCGUGUAUUUCAAUGUUGUGUUCAUUUCCACCUGAUCAAAACACUCAGCGUGUAUUUCAAUGUUGUGUUCAUUUCCACUUGAUCAAAACACUCAGCGUGUAUUUCAAGGUAUGUGUGUAUGAUUCGGUGUUGUUUUCACUACAGAUUGUUUCAUUGUUUUAGCGCCGUUUAUAACCAAGCCAUCUGUCGGCGGCCUAUUCAUAAUUGAACCCGGGACAGAGAAUCCAGAAAUGUCAGGCAUGUCUGUACUUAUAUCGACACAUGUUUAAUUAACUUACUUUAUUUUUCAUCCUUCACUGAGCUACACAUGGUAUUCAUUGUUAUCUAGUAUUUUAUAUUUCAGGGCAUAUUCUUUUCAGACAAUCCGUGUAAGUGGUAUUCAGCAUGCUUUCCAUUUCUGUUUAAUGCAUCAAUGAAUUUAUCAUUGUGUUGUCGGAUUCGACCACGUGGUACCAUCGGGGAUAGAAAUGCAGCUGGCGUCAACAUCAGACAUAACGUGGACGAGAGGAGGUCGCAGACUAAGCCGAGGGAAGCGUAUACACUAAAAUGUCCCAUUCUCAUAGCCAUCGUCCUUACGGAAAAACUGGAACCGGUUACUAUGGCGACAAUAUGGCACACGAAUGCAUCUCUUUAUUGAACUCUGACAGAGAAACCUUCUUCCGGCUUCUUGAUACACUUCCGGUUGACCCCAUUACCCGCCAUGUCACCAUUGGCGACUAUGGCUCAGCCGACGGAGCAACCUCAAUGGGCUUCAUACGAGAUAUCAUACUGUUUUUGCGCACUAAACAUGGCCAGGAUGUAUCAGUGACUGUAAUAUACGAGGACCAAGCCAUUAACGACUUCAACUCACUUUUCAGUCGACUCCAUGGGUUAAAACCGGACAGGAAGGGUUGCUGUUUGCAAGACCUGGGAAACGUGUACUUGUUUGCCACUGGUACCAGCUUCUUCGAGCAUUGUGUGAAAUCUGAGACGAUGGACAUUAUACUUUGUUUGAUGGGAGUUCACUUCUUGUCACAGGAGAUGGUUCCCUUCAAAGAUUCAUUGAGUCAUUUCCCAGAUGCUACAAAAGAAGAGGCUGAAAUGGCAAGAAAGAGGGCAGAAGAAGACUGGAAUCGUUUCCUCUUGAUUAGAGCAAAGGAGCUCCGACACGGUGGAAUAAUGCUGGUGACGGCGUCAGCAAUGAUGAAGGAAGGAAGCCAGCAGGAAAACGAUUAUAACUCUUAUGAGGACCUUCACAGACAAAUGACUCAAAUCUGGAGAUAUUUUCGCAAUGCAGGAAAAAUUACGCAGAAGGAAUAUGAACUGGCCACUUUAAAUGUCUAUUUCAGGAAUCUGGACGACUUCGUUGGAGAGACAAAUAACAUUAAGUCUGAUGUCUACAAGGCAGGACUGCGGAUGAUGUCAGUCGAUGUCAGGCGCCAUGAGUCUGUUUUCCUAUCUCAAUGGCGACAAUUGAAGGAUUUGUAUUCCGCCGAUCACCGGAAGGCAUUUGCUCAGGCAUUUGUUCGAGCACAGAAGUGUUGGAUUCAUACCGUUUUGGAAGUAGCUCUUGCUGCAAGGAAGGAGUCGGAGAGGGAGGAUAUCAUAGACAAUUUCUAUAAUAGCCUUGAAUCGUUUCUGGUUGAAGCAGAUUUAGAAAACAUUAAACUUGAUAUUGUGGUAGGCCAUUGCCUGUUUACUAAGACCAAUUGAACAAAAUAACAUUACCUUUUCUGUCCUGUGCAGAAGUGCGGUCCAGUCUUGAUUAUUUACAGACCACCGCCAUAUUGCUAGAAUAUUGUGCUGCUUUAAACCAACUAACCAACCUGUGCAGUCAAAAGGUUUCUAUAUUUGUUUAUGUCUUUCACAAUGUACGUUUCUUUUGCUAGGCGUAUGCAAUCUAGGAUAGAUGACUUGGGAUAACAAGGGACAGUAAAUUGCCAAUAAAUUACCCCAUACUGGACCAGCAACAUGAUAAAUGUUACUCCUGGUCUACCUAAAAUGGGGAUUCUAGAUUUAAAAAAACCAUAUGCUUGUACGAGGUGAGGAGACAGAUUUGAUGGUAAUUUCGGCGCCAUUUUAUUGUGCGUCAUCGUGAUCUGAACAUUUGUCAUAUAUAGCAGACCUAAUAUUGUCCUAAUAGUAUAAUAACUUUAUCAGUGAUCAUUAUCUGCCACAACACAACCUAUACAUUUGGGAUUUACCGCACCACUGUUUUCGUCUCUGACAUCUCCCCAGCUGUAUGUAAGACGACGAAACAUAAACACCAGCAAACUGAAGUGAAUGUUACUUGGCUAGUUCAAGUAGGGAGAAAAAACUGGUCACCUGCAUGCACUAAGACGUCAACAUACCAAACGUAGUUCAUUGACUUUAUACAUUAUAUUUACGUAAUACCACAUAGUGAACUUUUGUCUUUAAUCAACACACAUCGGAUAUAUAUUUAUCAUGAACUUAUUGAGAGAAAGGCGCUGCUGCGUACAAUCUGUCUUGUACAGUCUUUGAAUGUGAGAAUAAAAUGUUCGGAACAAAUAUCCGGAACAGUCGCACUGAAAGAAUAUAGACGUUGGCAUCUAUAUGACUUGCCAUUUCUAUAUUUAUCGCCUGUUUAUCAACACUGCAGAUCGUCAAAAUGUAACAUGACAAGACACAAUAGUUAUAGCAUUUACACAAAAUGUAUGUUGACAUUGCUGACAUACCGUCUAUCUGGAUCGGAUGUUCAAGCCACAAAAACUGUACAAUAAACAGUUAUUUAAUUCGG